AUGUUCCACCUCCGGCGUAGUACCGGCGGAAGACUCUUUUCAAUCUUCACCACCGAUUUCAGAGCUUCCAUUGAAUCUACUAAUCGCCAUUUCACCAGUCUCGAGCCUUUGCAGAGCUCCGAUUCGACUCCAACCAAAGGCGAUUACUUCGCCGCGAUCAACCACGUCGUCAACAUCGUCCGCCGCGAGGUUCACCCGGAGAGAUCCCUAAAUCGUCUCCGUCUCCCUGUAACCUCCGAAUUCGUGUUCAGAGUCCUCCGCGCCACCGCCCGUUCCUCCAACGACUCCCUCCGAUUCUUCAAUUGGGCUCGAUCCAACCCUACUUACACCCCAACGUCCAUAGAAUACGAACAGCUUGCAAAAUCCUUAGCUUCGCAUAAGAAAUACGAAUCGAUGUGGAAGAUCCUCAAACAGAUGAAGGAUCUCUCUCUCGACAUCUCCGGCGAGACUCUCUGCUUCAUCAUCGAGCAAUACGGCAAAAACGGCCACGUAGAUCAAGCCGUGGAGCUCUUCAACGGCGUCCCCAAAACUCUCAAAUGCCAGCAAACCGUCGACGUUUACAACUCCUUGCUCCACGCACUCUGCGAUGUGAAAAUGUUCCACGGCGCUUACGCAUUGAUCCGACGGAUGAUAAGGAAAGGUCUCAAGCCGGAUAAACGAACAUACUCUAUCUUGGUUAACGGAUGGUGCUCCGCCGGAAAAAUGAAGGAGGCUCAAGAGUUUCUCGACGAAAUGAGCAGGAAAGGGUUUAACCCACCGGCUCGUGGCCGUGAUUUGCUCAUUGAAGGAUUGUUAAACGCAGGAUACUUGGAGUCAGCUAAAGAGAUGGUGAACAAGAUGACCAAAGGAGGCUUUGUUCCUGAUAUCCAAACUUUCAACACUCUGAUCGAAGCGAUAACGAAAUCAGGAGAAGUUGAUUUCUGCAUUGAGAUGUAUCACACUGCUUGCAAGUUAGGUCUUUGCGUAGAUAUCGACACUUACAAGACGCUUAUACCUGCGGUUUCAAAGAUUGGGAAGAUCGAUGAAGCGUUUCGGUUGCUGAACAGUUGUGUGGAAGAUGGGCAUAAGCCGUUUCCGAGUUUGUAUGCUCCGAUAAUCAAGGGAAUGUGUAGGAAUGGGAUGUUUGAUGAUGCGUUUAGCUUUUUCAGUGACAUGAAGGUGAAGGCUCAUCCGCCUAACAGGCCGGUUUACACGAUGCUGAUAACGAUGUGUGGCCGUGGUGGGAAGUUCGUGGACGCAGCUAAUUACUUGGUUGAGAUGACGGAGAUGGGUUUGGUUCCGAUAUCAAGGUGCUUUGAUAUGGUGACUGAUGGGUUGAAGAAUAGCGGGAAGCAUGAUUUGGCUAUGCGAAUAGAGCAGUUGGAAGUUCAGCUUAGAGGAGUUUGA